AUGCCUUCUUCCUCGUCUAUCCUUUCCUUCCUCGGCCUGUUGGCCAUGGUCUCGGGACACUCCGUCAUAUUAAACGUCCAGGGCAUCGCAGGAACACCGGCAAGCGUCGGCUUCCAGGUCGAUCCCGAGAUCGCAAGGAACUGCACUUCCAUCAGCCCUUGCCAGCAAGAUGCGACCCUCAUAAGAGACGCCGAGAUCAAGGCCAACGUGGUCAACGAGUGCGGCCGUACCGAGAUUAACGGCAACAUCGACAUUGGCGAGAAUACUGAAAAUGCCCUCUCAGCCAAUGCCGUGACACAGGUCGAGGCUGGAACACAGAUGACCGUCACCAUUCACCAAGUCAAUGCGGACGGUGCCGGUCCUUAUGCUUGCGACCUGGUCGAGGCUGGAAACAACGGUGUCAUCACCCAAAACCUGACGGUUGCGAACAACGUGCCUGGCGUCAAUGGCUUCUCCCAGGCCAAGGAACAGGACUUCAAUGUCACGGUCACCAUGCCCGACACCCUGGCCUGCACCGGCUCUUCUGCCGGCAAUGUAUGCACAGUUCGCUGCCGCAACAACGCUCUAGCUGGUCCGUUCGGCGGCUGCUUCCCCGUGCAGCAAGUCGACACCACGGCCAGCAAAAAUGUGGCGUCCGCUGUUGACACCAACCUGAGCCUGGAGAAGGUGCAAGCACAAGUUGCCCAGGACAAGCAGGACCUGCCGGCCGCCAUCAAGGCGGUCCAGGAUGCUGGCACACCCGAAAACCUCUCUGCUGCUGCCGUUGCCAGCAGUGUUCUUGGUCUACAGGUAACGAGCUCUGCGGCUCCUGUGCAGACAGUCGACGUGGUCACCGGAAUAGCUGCGGCGGCUGCUACGGCUACUGCUGACGCCAGCAACAACGGCAAGAAAGGCAAAGGCAACGACAAGAACAACCAGCGAAGAGAGGUCUCCAACUUUCGAACACUCGCCGACGUGCUACUGAAAGAGUAUUGGCUAACUCGGAGUAUUCUAGUGGCUUUCUACGCAUAA